CUUUCAUAAAAGAGUGAAACUCUUGGCAGGCGCGCCAUUUUGCGUAGCACACCGGAUUGACUGAGACUCACAAUGGCGGAUCAAAUUCCUACAUUUAAACUUGUUCUUGUGGGAGAUGGUGGUGUGGGAAAGACAACAUUCGUCAAAAGACACGUCACAGGAGAAUUUGAGAAGAAAUAUGUUGCCACACUAGGCGUUGAGGUCCAUCCAUUGAAAUUUCACACAACUCGUGGCGAGAUCAUCUUCAAUGUUUGGGAUACAGCUGGUCAAGAAAAAUUUGGUGGUCUGAGAGAUGGUUACUACAUUCAAGGACAAUGCGCCAUUAUUAUGUUUGAUGUCACAUCUCGUGUGACCUACAAAAAUGUCCCUAAUUGGCACAGAGAUCUGGUGCGCGUUUGUGAAAAUAUCCCCAUUGUUUUGUGUGGAAACAAAGUUGAUAUCAAAGAUCGAAAAGUGAAGGCCAAAGCCAUCGUGUUUCACCGUAAAAAGAACUUACAGUACUACGAUAUUAGCGCCAAGAGUAACUACAACUUCGAGAAGCCGUUCCUUUGGUUGGCCAGAAAAUUGGUUGGAGAUGCCAAUUUGGAAUUUGUUGCUAUGCCUGCCCUCCAACCGCCAGACAUCAAGAUGGACCCAAAUCUAGCUGCACAGUAUGAACAAGAGCUACAAGCCGCAGUAGAGGUCGCACUCCCAGAUGACGACGAUGAUUUAUAGAUUUUAUUAACAUUUUGCUGCUCUCACUGAUAUUUAUAUAUGAAACAAUUAACUUUGUAUUCGUGUGAACUACCUAGUAAAAAUACGUUGCAAGCGAACAAAGAACAGCCUUGCAUAAAAAUUCAGAACAGUUACAGAUGUGAAAAAGUUAACUCGGGGCUUUUAAAAAAGAGACAAAACACGUAUUUGCAAGAGACACAUUGUGACACAUUCACAAACAUUGUUCAAAAAGUCUUUAUCAUAAACUUUAUGUUUUAUUUAAAAUGGUUUUGUUAUAUGAAAAAUGUUUGUAUUUGUGUCAAUUGUAAACAAUAAAUUUAGAAAAACUAAA